AUACUGAAAACUUCUGCCACAUUCUGUUCUGAAUUCAGAAACACAGCAGGGGAUAUUUGAUGCAGUUUUGAAGGGUGAGAUUGAUUUUGAAUCAGAUCCAUGGCCUGUCAUCUCUGACAGUGCCAAGGAUCUUAUUAGCAAGAUGUUACGCUCUCCCCCGUCGGAUCGCUUGACUGCUCACGAAGUACUGUGUAUGUUAGUCAUUCUUACAAUUCUUUGUGCGUUACUUUUUUCUAUGCCCUGUUGUAAUCCAUCUUGUGUUGUUUCUUGUUCUAGUUGUUUUUAAUAAAAUUAGUUAUUACCCUUAAAAAAAACAUUACAUACAAAUUGGUUCAAAAGCAUUCAUUUUAUUUAUUUAUUUAUUUUUGUGCAGCAUCCUUGGUAACUGACUUGUGACUUUGCCAGACUUAUCAUUGGAUUUGAUCGGAAUUAUAAUUGCAAGUUCAUGAUGGCGAAUCAAGCAGUGGAAUAUCGUCCAGCAGAUUACGUCUACUAUGACUGGACCAAUAAUUGUUGAAGAUGCGAUCUAUGAAAAUGGUGAUAGUGAUGGCAGUGGUCCUAUUCCAUUGAAAGAUUCGGUGUUCCGUCGCCUUACUUUUGAGAGAAGCUUGGGCUUGGUGCAAUCAGAGGCAUUGCUAGUUCGACAAGAAUGUACUGAAAAGAGUCCUGGUGAAAUGGAGUGGAAGAAAACCAUCUCUUCCAAAUCUAGAAAAAAGGGAAGCCGGAGAAAAAACAAUUCUCGCACAUCAUCAAUUGAUGGUAACGGAGCCCUUGCGAGCAUGCUUUUUGUUUGGAAUUUGCAAGAAGCGAUUCGAGCUGCUAUCUGUAGGCCUACUUUCAUCUUUAUACCCAUAGCAUAGUGCUAGUUUGUUGGGUUUUUUUUUUCCAAUUAGUGUGGCAUUCCUUUUUGAUGUGCAUAACCUUUUAUAUUGAUUCUUGGGGGCCAGGGUAGUUCAUAUAGUGAUGUUUAAUUUUCAGACUUUCCAAUGCAAUGCUUGGCUUCUACACUUAAGUGAAUGUUUUUAAGGGUGAAUUUUCAACUAUCACUUUUCCUUGUGGUGUGGACCAGUUGAGAUUUGGAUAUGCUUAAUUUUUGGGAUUGUGAUUUAAAAUGUGUUGGUAAAACGAAUGGAUGGAGUGGAUGUACAAAAUAUUAUUAAGGUAG